CAGAGACAUGAGUCCGAUGAUGAGGACUCGCAGUCAGCGCACGCCUCGCAAGAUGUGUCUCAAGACGAGGACGACUCGGCCACUGAAGAAGAGACCGAAGAGGAGAUCAUGCGAUCCAUUCAGAAAGAGAAGAGUCCCAUGAAUUCACACGAAAUGAACGGACACUGCGAUGACGUCUAUUUAGGGCCCAAUAGUGUUCAGACAGACACUCAUAAUGAGGACAACGACCACAGAAAAGAUGAGAGCAUUCAUUCAGAUAAUGAGGAUGUUUUGGAUGAGACCAACAAUUGUUCGGAUGAUAAACUGGACAAAGAGGUGUCCAGUAGUGACCCAAACAAUGAGUUUAACAAUAAUAAUAGUGAUACUAAUAAUAACCAUUGCAUUGAUAGUCACGUGAGACCUGAAUCUGAAGACAAGUCAAAGAAUAGUGAAGACAAUUGUAACGAGAAUUUAGACAAUUCUAGUGUUCAAACAAAUAGUGAACCGAAUGUCGACAACAAUACCAAGAAAAGCGAUUCCAAGUCAGAAACGGAUCAAUUGGACACUGAAGGCAAACCACAGGCAAGUGAUACGCAGAGAAUGACUGCCAUUCCUAAGAAGCACAGGUGGCAGAACAGGGCUGUGGAUGAAGACAACGAUUUAGUGCACAUUAAUAGUAAUAAUAAUAUUAAUGUUUAUUCAAACAUUAAUGACAGCAAUAAUGACAAACCGUCAGAAAGUGUGGCAAAACCAGUGACCGAACAGACAAACCAACAAAAUGAUAGACAUUUGUCGGCUCAACGAACUGAGCCCCCAGUCUAUACGCAAAUGCCUGCAAUGCCUGUUAAUACAACUGAUAGACGGCCGGCACAUGAAUCCACACCUCAGACACAACCCAUGAUCAGUGAAUCGACACAACUGUUGGUUUCAAUACCGACCCCUUCUGUGCCAUCACUGGUCGCGCAUUUAUCGCAACCAAUACAACAGUCAACCCGGAGUUCAGCACCGAAUACACCACAAUCUCAGACUCCAGUCCAUCAUUCGGUGUCUUCGCCAAUGACUCCGCAGCAGAUCUACUCUCCCAUCGGUCCUCAAUCACAACAAUCAUCUCCAUUAUCUCACACACACUCACAGCCAUCGACACCAUUAGCACCGCAACAGUCGCCCCAACAGUUCAUUCACGUGCCGUCACCACAACCGCAACCACCACUUCCGCCAUCGGCGCCACCCGUUGUCUCAUCGAAGUCAUCGCGAAUGCAUCCAUCACUGCAUCAGAUGCCACCGCAACCUGAUAUCGCGCCGCAAAUACCACCAGUGGUUCCACCCAUUCAUAUGCCACAAACCAGUUCCCAUAGGAGUCAUCGAAACAAAUCCCAUUCGAGUUCAAUAUCCAAAUUACAGCAAAUGACAAACGGAAUCACCGAACCAUUGGCCCCAUCGGCUGUACCUCAAGGUCUUCAGACAAACAACGCGUUGACGGCACCGGCACUUCAAUACCAGCAACAAUUCAGUCAGAGUUCAGCUCAGAGUUCCAGAUAUCAGAAGCAAUUUGGGUCA